AUGUACACAAGCACCGCUCAAAAAAAAAAAAAAAAAAAACAGACAUCUGAUCUUAGUGAUAAAUAUUAUACACCUUACCACUAAUGUCAUCGAUUCCCCCAAAUUCACCCUGGAGAGGAUGCGCAGCAUUCUUUCCACAACCUGUAUCUGAAAGUAAUCAAUCUGCAGCUCAAUUUCUUACUGAAACUGUCUACUACUUUAAUUGCCGUGUAAUAAAUCCUCCUUUAGAUGAUAUCGAAUGCAGAAGCAGUGAUGGCGAACAAGACAUCCUUCGCCAUGUCUUCCGUUGGGAUACUGCACCUUAUCAACACGUUUUUCAGCAUGGAUUCGAAGCAAGGCGUCAAGGAGGUACUCCCGAUGAAAUUUACUUCAAUUUGGAUCACUAUGUUCAUCAUAGUGGCAGACCUCUUGAUUCCACUAGGCCUGCCACGCAUGUCUUCAUUAGCACCACCCUUAGCAGUGCUUGGUAUCCAACUCUCCCUGAUGGGACACAAGAAGUGUAUCGUUAUGAGAUAUAUGCACCAGGGGGUAUUUGGGUUGCUGAGACACUUGGAGAUCGUUACAGAUAUCCUGCCCAAGAUGAGGUUGCCUUUGUUGCUGGCAUAGCCCCUCAAUACAUUCGCUCUGCUCAAUUGUUCAGACUUACCCAUAGUGGAAGGUAUACAAGACGGGAGAGGGUGGAUAACAGACUAAUUGUCAACCGUAAUUACAAUCCUCAAUCACAUCCCUCAAGAGUGCUCCCCAUUCAGAGGCCUGUAUUUGAUUAUAUUCUUAAUGGUAGGAGGGAACUCUUAAAUCUUGUUAUCUACAAUCCUAAUUCUGCAGCUGGAGCAAAUGAUAACGCAUCAAGAGAGAAACGAGAAGUCUCCUAUGACGUCAUUGAUUGGUAUACCGACAAAGUGGCAGAUGUUGGCACUUACAUAAAUGCUGCAUUUCAGUCAGCUCGUAAUCGAGACGAAGUCUAUUUAUUCAUGAAAAAUGAGUACGUUCUUGUAAACUAUGCUCCAGGAACAACCAAUGAUAGGGUGAUUAAUGGGCCACUUCUUAUUUGCGAUGGGUUUCCAUCACUUACAGAUACAGCAUUUGCAGAGUUCGGAGUAGAUUGUGCUUUUAGAUCUCAUCAUGGAAAUGAAGCAUUCAUCUUUUCUGGGAAUCUUUGUGCACGUAUAGACUAUGCACCUGGCACUCUCAAUGACAAGAUACUCAGGGGUCCAAUGCCCAUUGGUACCAUGUUCCCCUUCUUCAAGAGGACAGUAUUUGAGACGAGUAUUGAUGCAGCUUUUGAGGCAACCGCUACCAAUGAGGCUUAUCUGUUCAAAGAUGAUCAAUAUGCUCUUAUAGACUAUUCGGAACCCAGAAGGAUUGCUAUCCGUAAAAUAACUGAAGGCUUUUAUAGUUUGAGAGGUACUAUUUUCGAAAGUGGAAUUGAUGCGGCCUUUGCUUCUUCCAGGAAAAAUGAGGCGUACCUUUUCAAGGGAGAUCAGUAUGCACUCAUUAAUUUUGCUCCAGGAACAACCAAUGACUACAUCAUUGGUGGUGUGAAGCCAAUCCUCCCCAGUUGGCCUAGUCUUCGAAACAUAUUACCUCGCAAAAAUCGUGGCCUUGACAUUCAUGAACACUCUCAUAAUACUCCUGAACCCGAUAGAGACAGGGAUGAUCUUUGAAUAGUUGAGACUAUAAUAUCAUGCAUAAACUAUGAAUAAUGUUGAGGUCUUAAUCUUGUUUUAUUUUUAAUUUUCUGUGUUCAAUUGAGAAGUGCCUUGCUAAAGGGUAUAUGAAAGGGUUUCUGUUAGAAUAAUAAAUGAAAAAGGAUGAGUAUGUAUGGGGUUUAUUACUGGUACAAUAAUAAAUAAAGAAGGAUCAUGUAUGGUGUGUCUUUUCUUUUUUUCUUUUUUCCCUAAAGAAAAAAACGCAACCUUGUUUGAGUUAUUCUUGGGAAACAAUUAUGAUUAUGGUAAAAAUUAAUUGAAAAAUUAAGGAUCAAUUUACCUUUAGACUUGAAGGAUUUACUGCUACCGUGCCAGAAAUCCUAAGAAAUAGCGAAAGAGUAGCCAUUGCCCAAACGCCACCGCCAUCAUCACCCAUUGUUGAUCUGCGACUUCAGGUGGCGCCACCAACGCCACCAGAUGAUCAUCGCUGCUGUUAGGAACCCCAAAUCUUUACAAUUUGACGGAUCGACAAUUUUCGCUCUAAGCUCCCAUAGUUUCAAUUUUUGGUACAUUAAGCUCCAUAGUUCGAUCUGUCAAAAUCCCUUCCGAUCAUGACGAUUUUCAACCAAGCGAAGCCUGCAACUAAAGAUCAGAGGAGAACAAAGCGAAGCUUGACGGAUGGUUCUGUCACCAGCAGAGGCAGAACAAGGAGGAGAGGAGGAGAAGAAAAAAAUAGGAGGGGUAGCAGAAGCGGCGAAGUCGUCGACGCCGUCCGGUUCCCUCCUCUCAUCUUCCCCUUCUGCAACUCCCUUUCUCUUUCUCUUUUCAAUUAACUAUGAUAUGAUAUUUUGUAUAAAAUUAACAGUUCUUUAGUAAAUUUUUUUAUGGGUUCUUAAGCUACGAUAUCUUUAGUGAAGCUGUGUCAGAUUUGAAAUCCUAGCUGGGUUUAGUUUCUAAGUAUUAGUUCCUAUAUCAGGUUAUGGUGGACAAAACCCUGCUCUUUCUGGCCGCCUGCCUGGCAAUUUCCCUGUACCUGAACCACCAACAACUCCAGGACCAUUUGCUGCAGGAUUGACUCGAAAUGAAGGAACAAUUCCAGGUGCUGGAGCUGCAAUGCCGUUGACAAUUCCAUCUCUUGAUGCAUCAGCUCAGGGGAGCAGAAACAGCCUCUUCCAAUUUCUAUGCCUCUAGUAACCCCACCACUACCGCCUGGUCCACAUCCAUCCCUUCUUGCUGCCAAUCAGCAACGGGGAUAUCAACAAAAUCCUCAGCAGAUGCCACAACAGCAACACCAGGCUCACCCUCAGCAAAUGCCCCCUUUGCCUAUGCCACCUCCAAAUAUGCAGCAGCUACAACCACCAUCACAUUUACCCCUCCUCCCUCAUCCUCAUCUAGCUCGUCCUCCACAAAUGCCUCCUCAUGGUGUGCGUGGAUCCUUGCCUGCGCCUUCAUCGAUGCCCACAUAACACCCAUCGCCAAUGCCAGGUCCAAUGGGGAUGCCAGGUACGAUGAAUCAGAUGGUCCCUCCAAUGCCACAAGGCCAUUUUAUGGGCAUGAAUCCGAUGCACUCUGGAUCCUUAACCACAAGUGCUGCCCCUUCAGUUGGGGGCUUUCCUAAUGGCCUGCCAAAUAUGCAAGGUCCAUCAAAUGCAACUGGAGCUCAAAUGUAUCCACAAGGUGGUUCAUUCAAUCGGCCACCAGGUGUACAAAUGCCCAUGAUGCCGGGUUUAAUCCCUACCAGUCUGGGAAUCAAUCUGGUAUGCCUCCACCACUACCACCAUGUCCUCCGCCUCAUUCCCAACCACCUCAGUAGAUCAUUGUUUCAUCACAGAGCAGCUGCUGCUGCUUACAUGUGGAUGGAAACUACAACUUGCACUGGCUUACUUGCGUUGGUGUUGACUCAUGUCCAUUUUAAUUCCUUAGGAUAUUCUUUUUGCCUUUUCUCUGCGUUCAUUGUAUAAUUUGGCCGGUAAACACUUGAAGAUAUUCAAUGAGAUAGCAUUAGUUGAGUGGAGAA